AUGCAGCUAGCUGAAGAGCUUGCCAAAGAACACAUGAAGGGGAGGCCUGAAAUAACAAAUGUAUCACGUAAUCUAAGGCAGCAGAUUUUAGUGGUAUUUGAUAUAGCAGAAAGGGAUAUUGUAAACCAAAUACCACCUAUACUGGAAAUCAAAGGAAACAAACGCUGCUCCAGAUGUCCCAGAACUGAAGACAGAAAAGGCAGAGAUAACUGUGUAACAUGCAAGCUUUCAGCUUGGGGACCCAAAAAUAGUCGGCCGGUACCUGAUCAGCGUAGUGAUUGUGCCCACAACAUUUAA